AUGUGCUCUCUUCCCAUGGCAAGAUACUACAUAAUAAAGGAUAUGGAUCAGAAAGCACUCUACAUGAGGAAUGACCAGCUUUUGGUGGGAGACCCCAGUGCAGACAACUGUUGUGCAGAGAAGAUAUGCAUACUUCCCAAUAGAGCCCUGGAUCGGACCAAGGUCCCUAUCCUCUUGGGCAUUCAGGGAGGAAGUCGCUGCUUGGCAUGUGUGAAGACAGAAGAGGAGCCUUCCCUUGAGCUUGUGGAUGUGAACAUUGAGGAUCUGUACAAGGGCGGUGAACAGGCAACACCCUUCACAUUCUUCCAGAGCAGCCGAGGCUCAGCCUUCAGGCUUGAGGCUGCUGCUUAUCCUGGCUGGUUUCUCUGUGGUCCCACUGAGUCUCAGCAGCCUAUACGGCUAGCCAAGGAGGAUGAUCCUUCAGCCCGCACUGAGUUCUACUUUGAACAAAGUCGGUAA